AUGAACGAUAAGAUAGAAGAAAAGGAAGAACAAGAAAUUAUCCGAGCUGAUAUUUGUUCUGCAAUCCGGAAUGGCUUGAUAGAAAUGAUGAUUAAUUCCGCUAAGGAGCAAGUGUCUAUCAGUAGUGCACCAUUUACUGAUUUCAAAAUUCGAAUUAAAGCGGAAUUUCGCGGUGAGAAAUUUUGUUUUGAGAUGGAUCGGCCGCUUGUAUUUGAUGAACUUCAAGUACAUCUAAAUUCGAGAUGUAAUUUGAAACUGAAUAUUUAUUACACUCUGCGUAAUCAUGAACUGAUUGUACCGAUACGAAAUCAGUUGGAGUUAGAUCGUGCAGUUGAAUUAGUCGACCUAGAUCGUACAGCGCAUCAACGAAGUUUACGUCUGCUACUAUCUCGAUAUCAACCGGAUAAUCGAUUACCAUCACUGCUUGCAUGCUCACCAAUUCCGGAUGCAUCUGGAACUUUUUCAGUUCAAUCAUCAAAAAUUGUUGAGAUUCCGUAUUGGGAAUGUCGAUCAUCGUGUUCCAGUACAAGUACCGGAAUGAUGAGUACUUCUAGGCAAAAUGGUAGCAGUGUGAGCAGUGGUGUGGUACUUGCUGAUUGUGAUGAGCAUUUUCAAAAAGAUACGAGCAUACAAUGUGCGCCAAAUAAUUGGAAACAAGGCAAAUGCAUUGGUUCCGGAGCUUUUGGCAAGGUUUAUGUAUGCGUUGAUGUGGAUACCGGAAAAGAAGUAGCCCUGAAAAGGUUCAAUAUUUGCCGUGGUGAUAAACAUUUGAAGAAUCAUAUAAUCCAACUUGCGAAUGAAAUUAAUUUACUAAGUACCAUUCAGCAUGAUCGAAUUGUUCAAUAUCUUGGCGCACAGCAAAUUGAUGAUUCAAUUUGUAUAUUUAUUGAAUAUAUGACCGGCGGAUCGGUUAAAGAUUGCAUUGCAACUUAUGGACCGUUGAGUAGCACAGUUGCAGGUAAAUAUACUUAUCAGGUCCUGCAAGGUUUGGAAUAUUUACACAGAAAUGAAAUUAUACAUCGUGAUAUUAAACCGGCUAAUAUUUUACGCGAUUCUAAUGGUAAUGUAAAAAUUGGUGAUUUUGGUUCAGCAAAACGAUUACAAACAAUUUGCAGUCAACAGGGUGAGCUUUUGUUUUCUUAUUUAAUUUUUUCAUCAACAGCUACGACAUUUAUUGGUACACCAAAUUAUAUGGCACCAGAAGUAGUACUUGGGCGCAGAAGACAUGGCCGUAAGGCCGAUAUUUGGAGUGUUGGUUGUACUUUGGUGGAAAUGUUAACAACAAAACCACCAUGGGAUGAUUUGGAACCAAUGGCAAUCAUUUCCAACAUUGCCAAACAUAAUCCCAAUUAUGAAUUACCAUUAGAAGUUAAUCCUAAUUUAGCAUAUCUUAUUAGUAUAAUAUUUGAACGUGAAGUAGACAAACGACCCAGUGCCUCGCAAUUGCUCAACAAUUUUGUUUUUCAUGAAUUCUUAAAUACUUCCUGA